UGACGUAUAUCUGCGUGUGUGCACCUGCCACACCUGUCCUGCUAACUUCUUCACGCUUCCGCUAGUGACGACCGAUAAAAACACAAAAAAGUUGGCACUUCUUCGACCCGUAUUGGACUCACUUCGGCGUGUGUGAACUUAAGUAGGGAAAAUUAAAUACUAUUGAGUAUGUGAAGGCCGCAUUUUUGACGGCCUUAAAGCUCCAUAUUCCAAGACAAUUUUGCAUCUUUACUCUAACUCCUCGAAGAGGACUAAAACAUGUCUUGCCAAGUGCCUGGUGAGGAGGAGCUGGUCGUUCUCUUGCCGUUCGGCCCGAUUGCACAAGGUCAGCUGACGGGAAGUAACAAGACUGCAGAAGAGGAAUUAAAGGAGCAAAAACCUGAAGAAGUAGUAAAGAUGGAGGAAGAGGUUCCAGGAGCCGGUGACGUCACCCUCCCUUGGCCUGGAGACAGGGACAAGAGGAGUGAGGACACGGACGGCGUGUCGUUGGGGGUUUGCGUGUCUGACAAGGACGAUGAUGGGCUGAGCAAAGCCAAGUGGCGCGAGAGCAUGCCCGAGGGUGACAAGUGGAGGGACGACCUGCCGGCGGUGCAGAGGGACAGCAAAGGAGAUGGCUCGCUGGCAGACGACGAAGAAGAAAAUGAGGAAGAAGAGGUGUCCCAUUGGGUCUCUGAGAAAGGUGCCAUGGGUUUUACUCCUCAAGUCAAAGUAAUUCGCCGGCAGUCCAGCGAGGUUGUGCCCCAAGAGAGCAGACUGGACAUGGGCAUGGACGACCGCCACGAACACGACAAGGAUGUGAGGAAGUCGCAAACGCCUUUAGAUGACUGCAAUGAAUUGCAGCAGAAUGACUAUUUGUGCGGCGAUAUGUGCAGCGAGAAGCUGAAGCUGGCCUUGUGGACGGCGUUGGCGGCGCUGGUGUUCCCCUUCCUGGUGUGGGGGGGAUACGCACUCCUGCCCUUUGACUCCCCGCUGAUGGGCAGUGCCCCCCACAGGGUGGUCUACACACUACGCUGUGCCGUCUUUGCCUCUGUGCCCGUGCUGCUGGGCGUGGUGGUGCAGGGUGUGGCCAGGGUUCGCUAUGGCGAGAUGAAACCGAGCUUCCAGAGCAAAAUGCCUAACAGGAAGGUGUCACUGCACAGACAUUACGUUAGCCAAUCAGUGGGCCUCUUCCUCUUCUACUUCCUGCAGCUGAGCGUCUUGGCGUCCUACGUCAGCCACGACCUCAUCAAAAUAGUGCCACUGCUCACGAUCAUCUUUGUCUUUGGAAGGUUGAUCUACUGGCUCUGCUUGUCGCUGGGCAGCAGCAUCCGAGGCUUGGGCUUCGGUCUGUCCUUUUUCCCCAUGUUGGUCAUGCUGGCCGCCAACCUCUACUUCGUGUCCUCUUCAACGGGACCGGAGGCCGUCUUCGAUGUGGAGCCGCCCACCACGGCCCCUCCGCCUCAGCAGCGCUGGUGGGGCUGACCGGCACAGCGGGCGUUGGGACACUAACAAACCAAUCUUUGACCGACGCCUUAAUUUCCCCCAACUGGCCUCCAAGUAGAAUGAACUUUCCAUUCAUCUUCAAUGACAACUUCUCCUCCUGCCUAAGCCUUUCAUUCAAAACUCAAAAUUCUCAAAAUGAUUUCCUGCAAAAUCUGACUAGUUUGAAAAAAAAGUGUGCAACUCAAAAGCAACUGUAAAUAAGUCUUUUUAUAUGAGGUUAAAAUAUUUCAGAUUUUUGAAUGUUCUGCCGAUCACUUAUUUAGAAGUAGCCGAUUUGUGUUGAAUGUUGGAACGAAUUGAAUUUAUUCCAGGCCGAUCGUGUGCGGGGACCAGAACGUGUUCAAUAAAACUUGGCGAAAAGGCGA